CAGACACCGGAGCCCCCACGCCGCUCCGGUGGUGGGGUCGCACGGGCACCAGGGCCACUCCUUUCCCGGCCCUGAUAGGCUGGCGCGGACGGACGUCACACAGGACGUUCGAGCGCGCGGGUGCCCAACUGCGAGGGAUGAACGAAGUUGUAAAAGUGUAAUUGAAAGUUUUGGAUUCGUAAGCAAAAAACCUUUAAGAAAUAAGGCCCUUGAGCUUUUUCUGCAUUUGAAAAACAAAGUAAGGAUUUUAAAAGUCCUCUUUACCACAACCCAGGCAUCACGUGUUUGGAAGACAGGAAGAGUUAAGGACUAUCAAAAAUUUUGGACAUCGCCUUCAGUUCCUGUACAUUUUAAAGUGGAUACUUCUCAUGAAAAAUUAGAAAGCAUGUCUGAAUCAGAUGCCUGGAAUGUCAGCAGUCUUUCCCAAGACUUAACUCACUCGGAAUCUCCUGUCUGUGUGGAAACCAGCAGUAUCACUUCCGACUUGCCUCAGAAAGAAAUAAAGAAUUUUAAAAGGAAAGACGAAUAUAAGUCUACACUUUCUGAAGAUGUUUUUAACACCCUAGACAAUUUGUUUGGUGAUGAUGACAACAUUGGCAGUUACUCACAGAAUGUACUAAUUCAGCCAGUUGACACGGUCAGCAUUUCUUCCUUGAGAGAAUUUGAACCUCUUUGUAAAUUUCACUGUAUAGAAACAUUUAAUGAUGAAAUGACAGAGGAGCCAGCAUUGCAAAGCUGUAUGUAUUAUUAUGCAAAAGACACCAAUAGAAAGCAAGAUUUGUUUAAUGAAGAAAAUCCAAUGAAAACUAGCAUUUCUACUAAUGAAGACCGACUUGCUAAGGAGUAUGUUAGACAACCCUCUGAAAGCCUACCGCUAAUCCACUGCAGUGAAGAGACACUGAAAUUCAUGAAAAACUCACAGGCUAACAGUACUGCCAAGGAAUCUGCCUUCAACCUUAGUCAGCCUCAAAGCUUUACAUGCAAAAUGGCUGUUUCUUCAAAAGAAAUACAGAUUCCAGAGAUGUUGCUCAGUCACCAAAAGGAAGUUGCAGCAGAAGGUGCGGAGAGGGCAGGGAUUGCCUUACCUUGGUCUCCAGCAGGCAUCUCCUGGAGUAGCGGAAAAUCUCAGCAGACUUGCAAGACACCAAAUAUGGAGCAAAGCUUUGAAAGUUCACAGCCUCUGGAAGAGGACAUGGCUUUAAAUGAAGUCUUACGGAAGUUAAAACAUACUAACAGAGAGCAACAAGCACAAAUCCAAGAACUCCAGUGUAGUAAGCUGUGUUUAGAGAAGAAGGUUAAAGAACUACAGAUGAAGAUUACCAAACAGCAAGUAUUCAUUGACAUCAUCAAUAAGCUAAAGGAGAAUGUUGAAGAAUUAAUUGAAGACAAAUAUAAGGUAAUCCUAGAGAAGAAUGAUAUUAAAAAGACAUUGCAGAAUUCGCAGGAGAUUUUAGCUAACACCCAAAAACAUCUUCGAGAAUCUAGAAAUGAGAAGCAAGCCUUACAGCUUGAAUUUAAGAAGAUCAAGGCCAAUUAUACACAUUUACAGGAAAGGUACAUGACUGAAAUGCAGGAAAAAAACAAAUCUGUGAGUGAGUGCUUAGAAAUGGACAAAACCUUAAGCAAGAAAGAAGAAGAGAUAGAGAGGCUGCAACAUCUCAAAAGAGAUUUGGAAAAGGCCACUGCAUCUGCUUUGGACUUGUUGAAAAGGGAAAAAGAGACCCGGGAACAAGAGUUCUUGUCUUUACAGGAGGAAUUCCAGAAACGUGAAAAGAAAAACCUGGAAGAAAGACAGAAACUGAAAUCUAGACUUGAGAAAUUGUUCACUCAAUUUAAGAAUUUGCAAUUGGUCUCUGAAAAUGAAAGGGCUAGGAACACAAAACUUCAGGAGCAGAUCAAUGAGGUAAAAAAUGAAAAUGCAAAACUUAAGCAGCAGGUGGCAAGAAGAGAUGAGCAAAGUUAUGUCCCUAACUUUGAGAGAGCUCAGUUAAAGGAGCAGUUAGAAGAAGUGAUGGAGUCACACAUUGCCAAGGAUACAAAGGUGAUAAAUUCUAACCUGUUCCUGAAUUGCCCACCUUGUGAAAAAGAGGGCCUGACUUCUCCAGAUGUGAAAAGAACUUCCCAGCUGGCCUCCAAAAUGCACAGUCUCCUGGCUUUGAUGGUAGGAUUUCUCACAUGCCAGGACAUCACCAAUCCCGAUGCUGAACAUUUUAAAGAAAGUGACAAAGUCAGUGAUAUAAUGCUGCAAAAACUGAAGAGCUUUCAUCUUAAAAAGAAAAUUUUAGAUAAAGAGCUACUGAAACAUAAAGACAGGAUCAUAACCUUCAGAGAGUUAAUUGCUAAUGAAAAAGCAUUUCAAGAUCAUGUUAUUGAGGUCACAGAUGUUGAUUCAGAUGACGCCAAGAAUGUCAAAGAUGUGCCUAUCUUACUGGGAGUCAAACUGGAUAAGUAUCACAAUCUAAAUGAGGAGCUUGAUUUCUUGAUCACAAAAUUGGGAAAUCUUCUAGAGUGGAAAGAAGACCACUGCAACAGACUUGUUGAAGAAAAUGACAAGUAUCAAAGACAUUUAGGCAACUUAAUAAAUAAGGUUACAUCAUAUGAAGAAAUUAUUGAAUGCGCUGACCAAAGGCUUGAGAUAUCCCACUCCCAGAUUGCACACUUGGAAGAGAGAAAUAAACAUUUGGAAGAUUUGAUUAGAAGGCCCAAAGAAAGAUUCAGAAAACCAAGACCAAGAAGCUUAGAAAAUCAUCCGAAGUCCAUGACCAUGUCACCGACCAAACCAAGCAAGAUGAAAUUCAACCAACCUUGUUCCUUAUAGUGUUCCUUGG